AUGCUUCGUUUUCUACUGUUGGGGCUAGUGGUAUCGGUGUUUUUAUCGUUUCCUUCAGUGAGGGCCGACGAUGAACUGACCGAACAAGAGGUACUAGAAGCGGUUGAAAGAGCGCUAGAUGGUCAACUCAGGGAUACAGAGGUCCGGGGAGCUGGUGAUAGCGAUAGCGAAGAAUUCGACUGUGAAGGAAAUCCAGAAUGCGAGAACUGUUUUGCCAACUGCGAGAGUGAAGAGGAUUGUGCAGUGCUAUGCGCUGUGCUCUUUGGUCAAAAUAAUGAAGACAAACGUGGAAGUGUAAUGACGCGAGGAUGGAUACGACGAGUCAGGAACCCUUUCCGCAAUAUUCGCUGGCCACGAAUUCCACGAAUUCCACACAUUCCGAUUCGGCUUGGCAGAAUUAAAUAGCCAUAGACGUGUCAUCAGAUCGUGCUUUAACGGAACAGAAAUGCUAUCAAAUAAACAAAAAUACUUAGGGGAGUAAAAAUUGCGAAAAACAGUGCUUACACACAGUGUUUAUUAAUUGCCUGUAAAAUAUAGCAUUAGCUGUAAUUAUUGUUUAGAGAAACAGGAAAACAAAAUAUCAGUUCAAAUUUGUUAAAGAUACGAUUGUGCACAUUUUGAUAAAGGUUUCGCACAUAAGAAUAUAAUGGAAUGCAUGUUAACAAAAUAAGUGUCACGUCCGGCUAUGUAUAUCAUGACUGCCUGCAGUUUUUCUCUAAUUUAAAUUUAAUGAUAUGUGCUCGUAGUGAAAGAAUUAACUCGCGAUGAGCAUGGUUUAGUUAAAGCGACAGUCCGCAAAAGUAACCGUAUUUCAAAAGUUUUUAAUAAGUUCCACAUUGUUUCAGACCGACUGAACCGCAAUUAUUUUUUAAAAAAUCGCUUUAAUAACUUAGAUUUAACAAAUUGAAAAUUGCCGAAAGUUGCUAUUUUUAGACGGCAAAAGAGAAAGUAGGUCUACGGUUUUUCCGACUACUCUUGGGGGCGAUACUAUUUCCCGGUCCCGGUCUCAUCCGGUCUCCUCCGGUCUCUGUUUUAUAGUAGCUAUCGGGCGUGAUCAAAAAGGUGUUAAUGACCGCGGGGGGUAAUAGGAUUACAAAAGAUUACAGUUGAUUAAAACAUUAGAUAUUUGAUGAUAAUUAUGUCACUAUUUAUUUCAAAUUUUAUAUCAAUAAAACAUAAAAUAAAUUUAGGCAAAGAUAAAAACAUGAAAUAUGCACAUGUACUGAAAUUAAUGUCAUGAAUAACAAACACAUUGAGUGUGUGUUUUUUUCAUAUUAAAUUCAGUUAUAAGUAUACUAUUGAUAAUAGUAAUACAAAAAAUAACAAUGCUUGACUACAUGUAAAUCAGAUAUGAGUCGGAUAUGCAAACAUGGAAUUUUUCAAUUGUAAUCAUUUAUGCUUAUUUUUUUUUAU